ACACCUCCUAUUCUCUGUCCCCAGAGAACCAUGAGGGGCCUUCUUUGCUGGCCACUGCUAGCGUGGCUGCUGCUUCUUCAGCCCUGGGAAAUCCAGCUCCAGGUGGCAGGUCCCAGGUGCCACACUGGGCCCCUGGAUUUGGUGUUCGUGAUUGACAGUUCGCGCAGCGUACGCCCCUUCGAGUUCGAGACAGUGAGGCAGUUCUUGAUGGGCCUCCUCCAUGGCCUGAACGUGGGGCCCAAUGCCACGCGUGUCGGCGUGAUACAAUAUUCGAGUCAAGUGCAAAGCGUCUUCCCGCUCGGCGCCUUUUCGCGCGCAGAGGACAUGGAGCGCGCCAUUCGCGCCCUGGUGCCGCUGGCUCAGGGCACCAUGACCGGGCUGGCAAUCCAGUACGCCAUGAACGUGGCCUUCAGCGUGGCCGAGGGCGCGCGUCCUCCAGAGGAGCGCGUGCCUCGCGUCGCCGUCAUCGUGACGGACGGGCGGCCCCAGGACCGCGUGGCAGAGGUGGCGGCGCAGGCCCGCGCCCGCGGCAUUGAAAUUUACGCCGUGGGGGUGCAGCGCGCAGAUGUGGGCUCCCUGCGCGCCAUGGCGUCGCACCCGCUAGACGAGCACGUCUUCCUCGUUGAGUCCUUCGACCUUAUCCAGGAGUUUGGCCUGCAGUUCCAGGGCCGGCUGUGCGGGAAGGACCUGUGUGCUGAGGGGAAACAUGGCUGCCAGCACCAAUGUGUCAACGCCCCAGGCACGUUCCACUGUGCCUGCAACCCUGGCUACAAGCUAGCACCAGAUAACAAGAGCUGUUUGGCUAUUGACCUGUGUGCUGAAAGGACCCAUGGAUGUGAGCACCACUGUGUCAAUUCCCCGGGCUCCUAUUUCUGUCGCUGCCAAGCUGGCUUUGUACUCCAGCAGGACCAGCGGAGCUGCAGGGCCAUUGACCACUGCAGCUUCGGGAACCAUAGCUGUCAGCACGACUGUGUUAGCACCCUUGCUGGGCCACGGUGCCACUGCAGAGAGGGCCAUGACUUGCUGCCUGAUGGAAGGAGCUGUCGGGUCCGGGACUUUUGCAAUGGCGUGGACCAUGGCUGCGAGUUCCAGUGUGUAAGCGAGGGCCUCUCUUACCGCUGCCUGUGCCCUGAGGGGAGGCAGCUUCAGGCAGACGGCAAGAGCUGCAACCGAUGCCGAGAAGGCCACGUGGACCUAGUUGUGCUCGUGGAUGGCUCCAAGAGCGUGCGCCCGCAGAACUUUGAGCUGGUGAAGCGCUUCGUGAACCAGAUCGUAGACUUCCUGGAUGUGUCCCCUGAUGGCACUCGCGUGGGGCUGGUGCAGUUCUCAAGCCGCGUGCGCACGGAGUUCCCGCUGGGCCGCUACGGCACCGCAGCCGAGGUGAAGCAGGCGGUCCUCGCCGUGGAGUACAUGGAGCGCGGUACCAUGACAGGGCUGGCGCUGCGGCACAUGGUGGAGCACAGCUUCUCCGAGGCGCAGGGCGCACGGCCUCGCGCCCUCAACGUGCCUCGCGUUGGCCUGGUCUUCACCGACGGCCGCUCCCAAGAUGACAUCUCGGUGUGGGCAGCGCGCGCCAAGGAGGAAGGCAUCGUCAUGUACGCCGUGGGCGUGGGCAAGGCCGUGGAGGAGGAGCUGCGUGAGAUCGCCUCGGAGCCAGCCGAGCUGCACGUGUCCUACUCCCCGGACUUCAGCACCAUGACGCACCUGCUGGAGAACCUCAGAGGCAGCAUCUGCCCGGAGGAGGGCAUCAGCGCCGGGACAGAGCUCCGGAGCCCGUGCGAAUGCGAAAGCCUCGUGGAGUUCCAGGGACGCACGCUGGGGGCGCUCGAGAGCCUGACGCAGAACCAUAUCCUUUGGGGCUUGGGGCGCCGGCUGGAGGGAGAGGGAAGGGACCCAGGAGAACCCCAAGGGCUUCCUUAACAGUUCACUGGCCCAGCUGACGGCGCGCCUGGAGGAUCUGGAGGACCAGCUGGCCAACCAGCAGUGAGGGCCACUGAUGACCCAGACCCGGCUGGGG